AUGGCGGCUCCGCCGCCGCGCUCUUUCAGCGCCGCCGAGGUGCGGGCUCGCUGUGCGGAGGGCGCCUGCCUGGUCCGCUGCCGCCGCCGCCUCUACGAUCUGAGCGGGUUCGUGCGGUUGCACCCGGGGGGUGAGCAGCUGCUCCGGCGACGGGCGGGCACCGACGUGAGCGCCGCGCUGGACGGGCCGCCCCACCGGCACUCGGCCAACGCCCGGCGCUGGCUGGAGCAGUACUACCUGGGGGAGAUGGAGCCCGCCGAUGAGCAGAGCCCCCCUGAGCCAGUGGAUGAGAUGGCAGCAGAUGCCACAGCCCAGCCCUCGAGGCAGCUGGAUCCCCGCUGGAAAACCGUGGACAUGGAGAAGGACCUGGUGGACUGGCAGAAACCCUUGCUGUGGCAAGUGGGCUACCUGGGGGAGAAGUAUGACGAGUGGGUGCACCAGCCCGUGGAUCGGCCCAUCCGCCUCUUCCACUCGGAUAUCCUGGAGUUCCUCUCCAAGACGGCGUGGUACGUGGUGUUCAUGGUGUGGGCACCCGUGGUGCUCUAUCUCAGCUGGGUCAGCUACACCUCCCUCGCCCAGGGCAACACCCGGCUCUUCUCCUCCUUCACCACAGAGUACUCCAUCCCCGUCCACAAAUACUACUUCCCCUUCAUCUUCCUCCUGGGGAUGUUCCUGUGGUCCCUGCUAGAGUACCUCAUCCAUCGCUUUGUCUUCCACAUGAAGCCACCUGCUAGUAACUACUAUCUCAUCACCCUGCAUUUCUUGCUGCAUGGGCAGCAUCACAAGUCUCCCUUCGACAGCUCCCGCCUGGUCUUCCCUCCCGUGCCAGCCUCCCUGGUGAUUGCCUUCUUCUACGGUGUCCUGCAGCUGAUGCUGCCAGAGGUGCUGGGGCUUUCGGUGUUUGUCGGGGGGCUCUGCGGCUACGUCAUCUACGACAUGAUGCACUACUACCUCCACUAUGGCUCACCCAAGAAAGGCACCUACCUGUACGGGCUGAAGGUUUAUCACGUCAAGCACCACUUUGAACACCAAAAAUCAGGCUUUGGCAUCAGCACCCGCUUCUGGGAUCACCCCUUCCGGACACUCAUCCCCGAGGAGACCUUCGAGAAAGAGGAUUGAUGGCUCCGGCACGGCUCCUGGCUGCUGGCUCCGUCCCUCCCCAGCCCUCGGCGAGGCUGGCUGACCCCCCGCAGCCCUCAGGGGGCUGUGCCACAGCGGUGGCCCCAAGCCGGAGCAUCCCGGUGCUGUGCGUGGUCCAGGAGCGGGGGAUGGGGCGGACGCGGAUGUGGGAAAAAGCGAGGAGGAGGAGGAGGAGGAGGAGGAGUUUGGGGGUUUCCUGCUCCUUCCUUGCCGCCCUCCCGCCCCAGGUCACGGAUGCACGGGCAGAUCUGCUGCCCGAGAGAUGAAGUGCCUGAUGCCCACUGCCCUCCUUUGCCCUGGCACCUUUCCAGAGCCCCCCUGAGCCCUGCCCGGGUGUCUCCUCCCGAGCAUCCUACAGGCUGUGGUUAACCCCAUCACCUAACUCGUGCCGAGGGCCCCUCUGUAUCCCGGGUCCUUCUCCUGGCUCGAUCCCAGCUCGGGGCUUUCUUGGCCUGGGACCCUUGGGGUGGGGAUCCUGCAGGUCUGCGUUUUGCCUCUUUCUAACCAACGCACCCAUAGCGCUCUGCCAGAUUUAGCAAGGUCAUGGUUUUAGGUAGACAUUGGCUACUGGAAACUUGAAACUCCAACUCCAAUGAGCAGAAUUGCUACGAGAUGCCGUUGUUUUGGGUUGGUUUGUUGGUUUUUUUUUUUCCCCUGUGUUUUGUUUUUUUUUUUUUUU